CUCUUUGCAGCAUUAUCUGGAGGCUGCUGCUCCAGCCUCACCCACCUUGAAGCUUCAAGGAAUAUCUUCUGGCGCACGAAGUCCCGAGCGGCACCGGCUGCACUGCAACGCUUCCUCGGCAGUGCCAGGAUGCUGCAGCACCUGGGCCUGGCUGGCUGCAAGCUGCCACCUGAAGCGCUUAGGGCCCUUCUAGAUGGUCUUGCGCUCAACACGCAGAUCCGCGACCUGCACCUGGACCUCAGCGCAUGUGAGCUGCGCUCUGCGGGUGCCCAGGUGAUACAAGACUUAGUCUGUGAUGCGGGUGCAUUGAGCUCCUUGGAUCUGUCGGACAAUGGCUUUGGCUCCAAUAUGGUGACUCUGGUGCUCGCCAUUGGGAGGAGCCGGUCUCUGAAACACGUGGCCCUUGGAAGAAACUUCAACGUUCGGUGCAAGGAGACCCUAGACGAUGUCCUGCACCGGAUCGUCCAGCUCAUACAGGACGAUGACUGUCCCCUGCAGUCUCUGUCAGUGGCUGAGUCCCGGUUGAAGCAGGGUGCCAGCGUCUUGCUUCGGGCUUUGAGCACCAAUCCUAAACUGACAGCACUGGAUAUUAGUGGCAAUGCCAUAGGGGAUGCUGGCGCCAAGAUGCUAGCCAAGGCUCUACGAGUCAACACCAGGCUACGGUCUGUGAUCUGGGACCGAAACAACACAUCUGCUCUGGGCCUGCUGGAUGUGGCCCAAGCCCUGGAACAGAACCACAGCCUGAAGUCCAUGCCGCUGCCACUGAAUGAUGUAACACAGGCAAAUCGCAGCCGCCCAGAACUAACAGCACAAGCAGUCCAUCAGAUCCAAGCCUGUCUCUGGAGGAACAACCAGGCAGACCCUACUUCUGACCUCAAGCCCUGCCUUCAGCCCUUGGGUCUGAUUUCAGACCACUCAGAGCAGGAAGUGAAUGAACUAUGCCAGUCGGUGCAGGAGCAUGUGGAGCUGCUGGGCUGUGGGGCUGGGCCCCAGGGGGAGGUUGCUGUGCACCAGGCUGAGGAUGCCAUCCAGAACGCCAACUUCUCUCUCAGUAUCCUUCCCAUUCUGUAUGAGGCUGGGAGUUCUCCAAGCCAUCACUGGCAGCUGCGACAGAAGCUGGAGGGCCUCUUGGGUCAGGUGGGCGAGGUCUGUCGCCAGGACAUCCAGGACUUCACUCAGACUACACUGGAUACCACAAGGAGCCUUUGCCCACAGAUGUUGCAGAGACCUAGCUGGAAGGAGCAGCUAGAGGGAGUUCUGAUGGGCUCCAGGAGCCUUCCAGAACUGCUUCCAGAACAUCUGCUGCAAGAUGCCUUUACUAGGCUGAGGGACAUGCGCCUGUCAAUCACAGGGACCCUAGCAGAGAGCAUUGUGGCUCAGGCUCUUGAAGGUCUUCAUGCAGCCCGAGAUCGACUGAUGGAGAGUCUAGCUCAGCAGGCACCAGUGACAGUGGACCCUGCUGUACCAUCACUGGAUGGAGAUGAGCUCACCCACCUUGAGCCUGAGGGAUUGGAAGAUCUUUUCUUUCCCAUGGAGAAGGAAGAGGAGAGAGAGGAUAGCGGUUCUUCACGGAGAUGGCUUGAGCCCAGCUAUUGUAUGCACCUGGUCCCCUCCCUUCAUGGUGCUGCUGAGGAAGCAGAGUGGGACCCCGAGCUGGCAGCUCCGGGGGAAGAUGCAGAGCCGCAGGCUGGGCCGUCCGCACGCGGCUCGCCAAGCCCCGCCGCCCCGGGGCCACCCGCUGGCCCGCUGCCUCGCAUGGACCUGCCACCCGCCGGGCAACCCCUACGCCAUCCGACCCGGGCCCGGCCGCGGCCACGUCGCCAGCACCACCACCGCCCGCCGCCGGGGGGCCCCCAGGUGCCCCCAGCCCUGCUUCAAGAAGGGAAUGGGCUCACAGCUCGUGUGGACGAGGGUGUGGAAGAAUUCUUCUCCAAAAGGCUGAUCCAGCAGGAUCGCCUCUGGGCCCCAGAGGAGGAUCCAGGCACUGAGGGUGGUGCUCCUCCUGUGCCCCGCACACUCCGAAAGAAGCUGGGUACCCUAUUUGCCUUUAAGAAACCUCGGUCAACAAGGGGUCCAAGAUCGGAUCUAGAAACUAGCCCUGGAGCAGCCCCUCGUGCCAGAAAAACCACACUUGGGGACCUGCUUCGACCACCAGCCCGUCCAGGCCGGGGUGAGGAGCCUGCAGGGGCAGAAGGGGGCACUGGCAGCCCUGACUCUGCUCGCAGAAACCGGCCUCGGUACACACGAGAAAGCAAGGCCUACUCCAUGAUUCUGCUACCUGCUGAAGAGGAGGAAGCAACAGUGGGUGCCAGACCGGACAAGAGGCGGCCUCUGGAACGGGGAGACACAGAACUGGCUCCGUCUUUUGAGCAGCGGGUUCAAGUGAUGCUGCAGAGGAUCGGAGUAAGCCGGGCCAGUGGGGGUGCCGAAAGCAAGAGGAAGCAAAGCAAAGAUGGUGAGAUCAAGAAGGCAGGCUCAGAUGGUGACAUUAUGGACAGUUCCACAGAGACCCCUCCCAUCUCAAUCAAGUCCCGUACCCACUCUGUGUCUGCUGAUCCCUCAUGUAGGCCUGGGCCAGGGGGCCAGGGGCCUGAAUCUGCCACCUGGAAGACACUGGGGCAGCAGCUGAAUGCAGAGCUCAGAGGCCGUGGUUGGGGACAACAAGAUGGUCCAGGGCCCCCCUCCCCAUGUCCCAGCCCAAGUCUCCGAAGAACCAGCCCCUCCCCAGACAUCCUGAGUCUCCCAGAGGACCCUUGCUUGGGUCCUCGAAAUGAAGAUGGCCAGCUGAGGCCGAGGCCUCUCUCAGCAGGGCGGCGAGCCGUGUCUGUGCAUGAGGACCAGCUCCAGACCCCUGCGGGUGAGGGAGACACCUCUGUCUGUGCUUGAGUGCAGGAGAUGGGGGAGGGUGGGCUCCUGGACUUCUGUCUUGGUUCUGGGCCUUGGGCAGGACCAACAGUGCUGGAGCAAUCCAGAAACCCAAAGGCCCAGUGUAGUCCAAGAGUGACAAGCCCUUCCU